CGCCCUCCCCACCGCGCCUGCCGCCGCCGCCGUAGCCGUCGCCGCAGGUCACGGCCCCGCGAGGCGACCGCGGCCCCGCCGCACCGGAGCAGUGGUACAGGCAUGGAUGGGAAGAAAUGCAGCGUAUGGAUGUUUCUACCUCUCGUAUUUACUUUGUUUACUUCAGCUGGAUUGUGGAUAGUGUACUUUAUAGCUGUGGAAGAUGACAAAAUAUUACCAUUAAAUUCAGCAGAAAGGAAAUCUGGCAUGAAGCACGCUCCAUAUAUAAGUAUUGCAGGGGAUGAUCCUCCUGCAAGCUGUGUGUUUAGUCAAGUUAUGAACAUGGCAGCAUUCCUAGCCCUUGUGGUAGCUGUUCUGCGCUUCAUACAACUGAAACCAAAGGUUUUAAACCCAUGGCUGAAUAUUAGUGGAUUGGUGGCGCUGUGUCUGGCUUCCUUUGGAAUGACCUUACUUGGUAAUUUUCAGCUCACAAACGAUGAAGAAAUACACAAUGUGGGAACCUCCUUGACUUUUGGAUUUGGCACGUUGACUUGCUGGAUCCAGGCUGCACUGACACUCAAAGUCAACAUCAAGAAUGAAGGACGGAAAGUUGGAAUUCCACGAGUUAUUCUGUCAGCAUCUAUCACUCUCUGUGUAGUCCUUUACUUCAUCCUCAUGGCCCAAGACAUCCACAUGUAUGCAGCCAGGGUCCAGUGGGGCCUGGUCAUGUGCUUCCUGUCUUACUUUGGCACCUUUGCCGUGGAGUUCCGGCACUACCGCUAUGAGAUUGUGUGUUCUGAGUACCAGGAGAAUUUCCUGAGCUUCUCAGAAAGUCUGUCAGAAGCUUCUGAGUAUCAAACCGACCAGGUGUAACCCAUCAGUUUUUCUGUCCUGGUGAGGUGGGUGUGACAAUGGGGAAGGACCAGUAGGACACACCCACAGGACACGACGCAUAACCUCUUGACACAUUUCAAAUACACACACAAACACACAUUCAUGGCCACAUUUGCCAAAUGAGCUUUACAGGGCGAGUUAUUUCUUUCAUGAAAAAGCACAAGCCCUUCCUUAUGUGUCGAAAUUCAUGCUGUUACACUGAAAAUAUAUGCACGACAGAGCCAGAAGCUUGUGCAUGAUCACUUCUCAGUCCCCCCCUCUCAGUAUGCCUUGCUUAUCCUCUUCACAUGUUUCAAACACAAUCUCCCUACCCCAGCAGGGAGGGGGACAAAUGGAACAAGAAAAUAAUGCCAACUCGCUAAGUUGCCUUCAGGCCCAAAGGGCUUGGAACUAGCUCAUGAGAAAGUUGUGAAUCUGGCUCUAAUUCUUGAAUGCAUGAGUGUCACCGAACUGGAUGGACACUGUGUGCAGAUCUGGCCCUGGAAAAGUCCUGGACAUAACUUCUCACCAACGCGCCCUUCAUCGUUGUUCAGCGGUCUGCUGUGUGGGUUCCAUGAACGGAACAUGCUAGAGUGCGAGCGGAAAGCCCACCGUGAUUCGGACUUGAUUCGCUGUGCCUGAGAAAGAUCGCCAGGUGUGAAUACUCCAGGGACAUGGUCUGCCACGAAUGGCACUGGAUGGGGGCAGCGAGGCUGUGGUUUAGUUUUUGCUUCCAUGGUAUGUCAUGUACAGUUUUUAUUCUCUCACGUUUACCUUUUUAAAGUAACUCUCAUGGGUCUCUCUAGACCUCACGGACAAAGAAGAUGUAGACCAAAGGCAAGAACUGAGCUUGCUUUGGGUUCAAACACGAAGAAAGGAAAAAAAAAAAAGGUCACCUACAGGUUUAUGUUUGAAA